AUGCACUUGCUGGGAUUCUUCUCUCUGGGUUGCUAUCUGGCUGCUGGCGCGGUGGUGCUGCUGGGAGCUCGGGAGCCCGCGACGGCCGCUGCCUAUGAAUCCGGGCAGGGCUACUAUGAAGAGGAGCCCGACGUGGGGGAUGCCAAGGUAAGCAGGGGUGGGGGGCGCAAGCCCGGCCCGGCCCGGCCCGGCCACAGACCGCCGGGACUUCGCUUCGCUCAGGCUCCCCGAGCGUCAUGUGACCCGAGCGCUUGGUUGGUGCAGAUGCAGCGCCCCUCAAGAAGUGCAUGCAUACCAGCCGCUCAUAAAACCAGGGUGCUCGAAACCGAGAGGGAAAGGUGUCUUCCCACCUCCCUCCACCCCUCUUCCAUUGCAAGGGGGGUGGGAAGCGGCAUUUCUGUCCCACCAUAGGUAUUUUUAGGCUGGUCAGAAAUUCUCCAGAUUAACAUGCAAUACACUGUGUGUUUAUCACUUGUCCGGGAUUGGUUGUUGCAUUUAGGCAGAACGCUUAAGGAUUCUAUGAAAGUUUUGUCUUCUGAAGUCUUAGGCAGCCUAAUAUGUUUGUGGGAGGGGGGAAUUAUUGGUUUGUUUUGUCGUUGCUUUUGUUUUCUUGUGUAUUUUGUCUUCUCAUUUUGUGUUUUUCUGUUGUGACCUGCCCUGGGAUCUUCAGACGAAGGGCAGUAUACAAAUUUAUUAAAUAAAUAAAACAAUAAUAAUUGCUUCUGGGCUAUGGGUUUGGACACAAUGACUUCUGGUCAUUCCUGUCUUUGCAGUGAGCUUAUAAAGGUGAUUCCUAGCAUGCAGAAUUAAUUGGCCCCGAGGAUGUGGAGAUCCGUAACCCUAGUUGUUUAUUCUGUUAUCUUUUGCUUGCACAGGGCUCUAAGUACUGUACAGACAGAUAAGAACUCAGAGCACCAUUGCUUCCCAGGGAAGUCAUGUUAGUUUACAAAUUAGUCAAAGGACAGGCUUGGUCUGGGGAAUGCAGUAUUAGUGCCUCCCUACUAGAAGUGGUUGACUGACUGUAUGCAUUCCUAGCUUCUUUAUCAAGGGCAAAGCUGUGGAAAGCAAGGAGGUCUGUGUCCUUGGAGUGAAACGUGUGUGUUCUCGAAACUUUCCAGUGGGAUCUGACUAGCUGCUGGCUAAAAUCUUUAAAAGCCUUUUGGAAGACUGGUGUGCAUGGCAGUGCAACUGCAGCGUAAAUCCACAAAGAGAAAUAAUUGCAUUAGAAUGUCUUCCUAUUUUCUAAAGGUCUGUGGUGGUAUUUAUGAAAGUCAUAAUUUCUAAAGAGCAACGUGGUUUCAGGAAAUUAACUUGACCUUUGACGGUGCUGCCUGGAUAUUUCUCGUUUGACAGCAUUAACUUUAAACAUAAGGGCAUACAUAGUGUUCUCAUGUUUGUAGAAUACAUGAAUAACAUCAAAAAUAUCAAAAUCAGAGUUUUUAUAGAAGAUAUCAGUUACGGAUAUGUUGUCUACCUCUGUCUGCAUUAUGUGCAUUGCAAGGAUACCAUGUUUUGCAAAGGAAACCUAAAACUGUUUAUAAAAGAAAGUUUCUUUGCACAUUGCAUCUCCCUUUUAAUGGGAUAUUUCCACAACAAUCUGGACAUUUCAGACUGGUGCUGACAGUUUUAAAAUAUAACAGCUGAUCCCCACACACUGCAGGAUAAAAGCUGGCUUGCUGUGUGUCUCCCCCCACCCUCAAUUUCUAAUGUGUGAACACAGAACAAGUCCAGUUGGUAAUCACUUUAAUUUGAUUAUAUGCCAAAACUGUAGCAAAACUGAAAGGCAGACAUAUUUCUCACUUGGUUUUACCUCAUGCAAAUCAGUUGACAAAGGCUGAACUUGGUUGCUUAUUAUUAUGACGACCUUUAGUUUGCAAGUUAUGUUCAGUAAUAAUAGUUUCUACAGUGUAUUGAGCAUACACUCACAGGAAACAGUUUGGUGAAAGAUGAAUGAUGCGGAACAAAGUAUGUGCUUUCUGCAUUUAUUGCAUCUUUGAAGUCUUAAACUUCCACCACCACCGCCGCCGUAGAUACUCCACCACAGUCUGCUCUGAGUUUUACUGAAGUAUCAUGACUCUGCGAGAAACCUGGGACAAUAAAGCAAAGGAAGUGAAGAGUAUGUGAGACUGGAAAGACAAUGAACAGUGGAUAUCGAGGUUAUAUAUUUUUGUUUUGGGGGUGAGCACCUGUGCUCCAUGUGUGUAUCUAGGCAUGUAUGAGGAGGGGGAGGGAAUUAAACACACAUUCCAAGUUUUUAUAGGACAUUUCCCCCCCCCUUACCUUUGCUGUCCAUGAGCAUGAAUAAUAUCAUUGACCUAAGUAGAACUGCUCAAGUAAGAACAGUUGGAAGGAUUUGGUCCCUGUUGAUUCUGCAUAUUGGUCCCUGUGUGAUGAGAGAAUGCUAAAAGGAAAUUCUUGAAGGAAUUAACAUACGAUUCGAUAACUAAACUGUAGGUAAACAUUUCAAGGAAAGUAUGAUUGUGGACCCACAAUGCAUUAUUCCCCACCCUGGUGGGUGAAAGGCAAGACCAACAACAGGUGUAAACAAACUGCACAAGACUCCGCCCCCAACCUGCCCAUGAUUGGGCAGUUUAAUUUUGAGGGUGGCCGGCUUUCACACCAUCCCUUGCAGCCGGCCAGGGUAAUUCCCCAACGGCUAAUCACCAUGUGAGAGCAUUAUGCCCCAGGGAGCUGUGGGUGAUGGUGGUGGGCUGCAAAUGCCGCUCACCCUGGGACCAGGUGAGCAGCCAUUAUGGUGUCAUUUUUCCCCAGUUCAGAUAAAAAUGAGUAUUCUAGAGCCAAGUCUGAUUGUUUGAAAUUUGUGAUUUCCUUAGCUUUUCCUCAUUCAAGCCAUAUUUUUAGUUGAAAUAGGACUGAAAAUUUUGUUUCCAUUUGUGUUAAUAGAUUCCAUAGUGUCUAUUAGGAUUUAAAGUGGUGGUGUUGAGGAAGCUUCAAGUGGACAGCAGCUUUUUAAAUACAAAGAUGCAUGGGUAUCAUGGACCUGUUUUUCUAGGUGUUAUGCCAUAAGCUUAUGGAAAUAGUAUAACAUUGGUUGGUUUUUCUAACAUUUCAAAGACAUGUGGAAGAAAGGUGGCUCCUUAUGCAUCAGAACAGUCAUGUCUUCCUAUUUAACCUCUAACUUUUGGAAACCUGAGGUAGCACAAGUAGUUCUUAUAGGGGCUAUGGUGGGGGCACAGGUGGAAGAGGAGACACUUAGCUCCUGCUGUUGGGUAUCUCAACUGGUGUCAAGCCAACCUGUCGGCUGUUAUUCAUUUUUUAUACUUCCAUCCUCUUAUACUUCCUUAAGAAAGCACAGAGCAGUUUGACAUGAAGCUUCCACUGAUGGCUGAUCCAGGAAACAAUCAGGUCCAUGCUUUCUUGGCUUCAACAAUGGCAUAGCAACAGGUGCUUCCAGACCAAUCAUUGGGUGUUUUCUUUCUCACCUUAAGUCGUUCCAUUCCUUUGAAGCAGAAUCCCCCUCUAGCUUAUUUGCAUGGGUGUAUGACUCCUAUUGGUUUUAGGAUAAAUUAAAGAAACUUUCAUCCAGCUCUAUUCUGUAUUAAAAGGAGGGGAAAACUGAAGGUAGUUGUUGAUUUUGAGUUCUGUCUUUUCUAUUGUCCUGAGUCAAUCAAUCAAUCUCCUUUAUUGGCAUAAUAAGAGUGCGUCAUACACAUGGAUCAGAACACAGCACGGAUAGCGAAACAUAGUAGGAGGUACUUUAGGAUAAAACUGUUCAGAUGUCGUGAGAUACAAAAGCGGCUCUUAGGACCUAUGGUGGUGUAAUUUCAUGGGUCAUUCAAAAAAUCUUGCACCUUCUCCACAAUGUCAUUCCUACAAUUAUUCGGGAUACCCUGGAAGAGUCAGUGUGAUAGAUUCCCCUCCUUCAAUAGGGGGGCCAGAUACUUAACAUACAUUUUUGCAUAAAAUGGACAAUGAAAUAAAAUGUGUGUGAUGGAUUUGACCUGUUUUGUGCCACAAGAGCAGUAGAUUUCAGUAUAUGGGGUUUUCAAGAAUCUACCUUGCAAAACUGCAGCAGCAAAACAUUAAAUCUUGUGAGGGAAGAAGCUCUGCGUCGGUGGGGCUCAUAAAGGUGAUGUAAAAAUGGAGUAUCCUGGCCAAAUGAGGGUCAAAUUCCUAAACCUAAUGGGGAAAAGGUUUUAUUGGCUGUGCUGCUAAGGGUUUGGAAUUCAAUCUCCAGAAUUCUACGCUUGAUUGUCUGGAAUGCUUCCAAUUGUGGGAGCAUAAGCAGUGACUCGAGUGAUAGGCCACAGGUUCUGAUUUUGUUCUCAAUGCGAGCUAACCAUGCCACCAGCAUAUGGAAAAUUAAAGAAGACAGAUCAGACUUGAAAUGUAGGCGGAGCCAGAAUUUUAUAGUGGUGAGCCACGCUUUGGUUUCCAGAAGCCCUUGGCCAGUUUCCAGACACAUGGCUUCAUACGGCACAUAAUUUACCAUUGUCCUGAGUCUUUGUGGCUCACUCUGCAGAGAAGGGGAUCCAUUGUUUGAAUACAGUGGUACCUCAGGUUAAGUACUUAAUUCGUUCCAGAGGUCCGUUCUUAACCUGAAACUGUUCUUAACCUGAAGCACCACUUUAGCUAAUGGGUCCUCCUGCUGCUGCCGCGCCGCCGGAGCACGAUUUCUGUUCUCAACCUGAAGCAAAGUUCUUAACCUGAAGCACUAUUUCUGGGUUAGCAGAGUAUGUAACCUGAAGCGUAUGUAACCUGAGGUACCACUGUAGAUGUGUACACAUCAAAGGCUGAAAAAAAUAAUUGGACACAUGGGUCAGCUGGGUGGGGAGCUAUGCGAGUCCUAUGUGUUUGUGCAUACAAGAGUGUGCAUUAUACGAGUGUGGGGUAGCUACAUCCACACCACUGACAUGAGGCCCAUUGACCAAGGGUGAAUGUGGCCUUCGGGCCAAAAACUGUUAGCCACCCCUGGUUUAAAGAGAUUAUAAAACAUAUAAUCAAACAUGCCAUUCAACUUGUAAUUGUUAUAUUACAGUGGGGCUAGUUUUGACCUUGUCCUCUAUGCAUCUUGCAUCUGUUUUUCUUUGGGUUGUUGUUAAUUUUGUUAGGCUAAUAUUGCAGUCCAAGACACUUUCUGGGAAAUUAGUCUUCUUGAACUCUGUGUGAUUUGUUUUUGAGUAAAUAUGCUCCAUAUUUGCCAUGUGUUUACUAACAGACUACUCUUAACCCCCUGAUCCCUGCUUCUGGGCAGAGUUGAGGUAUGAUGGAGGUGUCUUUCCACUGACCUCUAGUGGUGGUAGGGUGGGCUCCAAUAUUACAGAGCUUUCUGGACUGGAGCUGACACAGCACAUAUACCAGCUCACCCUGCCUGGGGUAAGUGGCAAGGCUAAUGGUAUGUCAAUUGAUCUGCUGCUCUGCUCUCUCCAGCCAUGGUUUAGGAUAUCUCUGCCUGUCUUAGGCUAAACUCUUGGGGGAGUGGUAGACCUGAUGGCAGGGUAUAAAUUGAUAUACAGAUAAAUAAGUACCUACAUUUAUGAUCAUCUGGCCUUCAAAAUCCUAAAAACUUGGAGUUGGAAGAAGGGAACCAUCAUCUGCUAGGAAUAUAUAUUUUAGUUCACUUUUAAAUUUAUUAUGUGUGAGUACACCUGUUCACAACUCAGUAUGAUGGGUUUCAUAUACAGAAAAGGAAAACCUGGCCAAGUAUACGAGGCUUAAGACAAAUACUACUCCUUUCCAACUGAUUUGCUUCACCGAUUAUAAUGGAGGAUGGAAUUUAGAGUGCUCUGCAGUCUCUUUUUAGAAACUGCUCUAUUAGCAUGCCCGUGCAUGGGCUUACACUUAAGGAAACUUGCUCAUCCAUGAAGACACAGAUACUAUAAUGCCAGUGCUAGAAGCCUUGGACCCAACCCCAGUGCAACAACAUCUGUGAGCAAAGCAACAUGUGAAAGUCACUGAUAAGGUUAGAGCAGGACAAGCAGUUCUUCCUUGGUGCUCAUAUGUUGAUGUUACUGUAGAGGCAGACCAUUCUAUUAGCACUUUUAAAAAAAAUCUUAAUGUUUAAUAUAAUCAGAUAGCUUUUAUUUUACACAUCUUAAUCUGCAGUAACUGAGUCACAUGUGAGCAGGCCAAAUCAUAUGUGAUAUAACCUGUUCCUUCCCUUGCUUCUUUCCGCUUAUUGUUAUAAAGAUUGAGAAGUAGUAUUAUUAGGCUGUUUCUUUAUGUAAAUUAUAGAAAGUAUAAUCAUUAAUAAACUUGUGUGAGAAAUAAAGGGCAGAGUAAUCCUAUGGAGGUCAGGGAGAGGCAGUUCCUAAACCUUUCUGGUCUUGCAGUGGUCAAGGCACAAGGUAAGGGUUGGCUUAUCUUCAGUGGAAGGGAAAAUAACAAGCACCAGCUCCAGGGCCACUGCAGCUUUUCAUCCCAUGUUGGAGAUGCCAGGGAAAUGGGGUGGAUUUAGAUUCUGUGGAUCCACACUAAGCACUCCUCUUUUCAAUGUCUUCUGCCAUCAGAGCAACGGUGGUGGAGCUUUCCACCACUGCAAGAAAGAGGCCCAUGGCAGUGAAACUCCUCUGUCCAAGAACUCCAUUUCUACCAGUGGAUGGUGAGGUUCGUAGCUUCAAGUGCACCCUCAGCCGUUCUGUCUGGGAGCUUAAAAUAGCUGCCUUGAUUAGGCUUGUUUCUGGCAUGCUAUACAGAUAAUCUAUUUGUUAUUUCUGUUAAUCUUUGAAAAUGCAAACAUUGCUGAGCAGACAACCAGUGUGGAGGCUCCCAGUUUCAAAUGCCAGCAAACUUCCAUUAAAACAUUAUGGGGCAAGUUAUGCUCUUAGUUAUUUUAAGUAUAUUCAUUGAUUCUGUUAUAAUAUGAUCCUUCGGAAGCCAAAACGUUUGGGUCCUAUGGCCAAUGUGAGCAAUUAUAUUAUAUUACUUUGCUUUGUAAUGUUAUGAGCGUUUAGGAGAACUUCUGUUCAAAUGCAUGCAACUAUUUGCCCUGCCUGUCCCUGAUCCCUUCCCAAGGGCCCACUAACUGACUUAAAUUAGUUUCCACCAAGGGCGUCUUUCAGGAGAGAUGCAUUUUGAGCAAUUAGAUGCACUGUUUGCCAAAUAUCAACCCCACUUUGGGGUGCAUGUAGAGAUGCUUAUGCAUUCAUAUUUCUUAUUUACACCAUCAGUUUCAAUAUUCUGUUUUAUUUUCUUUGGAAUGUAUAGGUCAUCUAGUCCAACAAAGCCCUACACUAGGAAUGUGGCACUCCAGGUCUUUCUGCCUGGUGCCUCGGACUCAAGUCCCAUCCACUCCCUAGGCUGCCCCACUCACUAACUAUAAAAAUAUCAGGCUACACUUAUCAGAGCGAUUGCACAUUGCAUUAUAGUCCAGGAAAUGUGAACUUUUUUCUGUGUUGCCCAGUCCAGACCACACAGUACUUUUCUAAAAUCUCAUUAAUUAAGUGUUAACCACCAAGAAUUCGGGCUCUGGAAUCAGUUGCACGUUUACCUCUUCUCUGUCAUUAAUGAACCCUUGUGAAACAUCCAUUAUCAGUUUGCGGUUGCAACACCCUAAUUGUUCCACUCACCAACUUAUUCUUUAUGAUUAUUAUUUAUUUACAGAGCAUACCACUGUACGUUGAAGUUACAGAAUUAGGUAAGAAUUAGGUAAUUAGAUAAACAGACAAGUUCCUGCCACAAAAGGGUUUAGAACUUAGAAUAAAUCCUUUUGCAUUUCUACACAAUAACUUAUACAAACAUGUACACACACACACACACACACACACACACACCAGGUUUUACCUAAAAUAGCAUUUCCAACUUACAACAUUUCUAGGUUGCCGCAUCUUUAUUAGCUUUCAGAAGUUUGGUACCUAGGGAUUUCCCUGUCCAUAUGCAAAAAAACCUGCUGAAACAGUACUUCCUGACUCAUACUCUUUUGCCACAGGAGUACCCCCUGGUGGCCAUUCAAGACAUAAUGGCUGCAUUGGAGAUGCAUCUUAGAGCAGAAUAUGGUUUUGGGAAACACUGUUACUAAUUGUUACACCUGUGUUUCUUAUAGUAGAUGUGUGCAGUGCAGAUGUCAUAUGUUUGCAUCUUAAAAUUCUCAUCUACACAUACCUGGGAACAGGAUGGUGGACCAGAUGGACUCUUGGUCUGAUCCAGCGGGGUGGUUCUUACAUCCUUAAAUCUAGCUGUUGGGAGGGUUUUUGUCAUAAGCUUUUUUAUGUACUAUAUUUGUGAUUCCACCAAAAAAAAAAAAAGUAUCCUGUAAAAAAGCAGGACACUGCUUAAUAACUCCAGACACCUCUGUACACAUUUCAGAAUGAAAUUCCCUCUUGUUUUUUGGCUAAAUAUUCGACAGAUAUUUUGGCUUUAUCCUUGAUUUGUGUCAUAGUGUAAGUUUUUUACUCGUUUCAUCAUUCUGGAAUGUAGCAGUUACAAGAGAAGUUGCUGUUUUGGUUCCAGAGAAGGGGGAGGGCAGAGAGAGAGAGAGAGAGAUCCAAAACUGUUUGGAUAGUUAGUUUUAUUGGAUCAACUGUGUUGCUAGAUAGCUAAGAACCUCUACUGCAUUGCACUGUGUUUCUUUGUCCAAGGAGAUAUAGCACAGCACAGCACAGCACAAUGCAGUGGUGGCUGCCACUUCUGGCUUUCUUUCCAACUGUUGGCCAAAUGUGUGUGUAACAGAGAGAGAGAGAGAGAGAGAGCUGCAAGCACAGCCAUGAUAGUGCUGUGCAGCGUUUAUCUUGGAAGAAAGCACAGCAAAGUUCUAUGGUGGUUGCCAGUUUGGCUUGAAAGGGCAAUGUUAGGCUCCCAAAAUAGGUAUCAGGUGCAGUGGGUCCAGUGCAGCUAGCUGGUGGCAAUUGGCUAAAGAAGGCGAAUAGUUUAGAACAAUGAAGCUGAUAUGCCUUAGUAGCAAGGUUGUUCUGUAAUAUUUCACUUAUGCCAGUGUGGAUAGUUUGCUAAUUGUUGAAAUUCAAAGGUAUCUCUGUGUUUACAACUGAAAACUAUCAUAACAUAAAGUGGUAUCCUUAUUAACACAAUUUCCAUGUGCUAUAUCAUGUCAGCAGUUUUUAAUACUAUAGGUAUUAAGUUAAUUAAAUUAAUUAAACUAUUAAUUAAGAUAGUAAUUACUGUUACAGUGUUCUCUGUUUUGCUAUCCCCUGCCCCAUUUUGUGUUGGAUAUAGUGUAAUGGGUGGCGUGUGUUUUUUGCUGUUACAAGACUGCCUAACUUACAACCAACAAGUCAAACACAGCCCAUUAGUUGCUGUAGUUGUUACAGAAAGCAACACAGUUGAACUUAAUUUAUGGCUGAAGCCAAUAUUAAAGCUGCUGUGUGAUAAUUUAGUCUGCCUCAAUUUUCAGAAUCAUGUCCUCUUGUUCUGCAGCCACUUGUAAUAUGCAUCAUUGUUGUUGAUGCACAGCUGCAAAGAUGACUCCUUGAAUAGAUUUAAGAAACAGAGCAAGGUAUGAAUUGGAAAUGAAUGGUCAAGGGCAUAAGAACCCCAACAGGAGUGCAUACAUCUUUUGUGUUAUGAUUGGGUUUGUUCAGGGAGGUGCAGUGUUUCUCUAGCCAGCAUGGUGUAGUGGUUAAGAGCGGUGGACUCGUAAUCUGGUGAACCGGGUUCACUUCCCCACUCCUCCACAUGCAGCUGCUGGGUGACCUUGGGCCAGUCACACUUCUCUGAAGUCUCUUGGCCUCACUCACCUCACAGAGUGUUUGUUGUGGGGGAGGAAGGAAAAGGAGAUUGUUAGCCACUUUGAGGCUCCUUAAAGGGAGUGAAAGGUGGGAUAUCAAGUCCAAACUCCUCCUCCUCCUAUUCUUCUUCUUCACUGCUGUUGCAGACUGAGAAUUAUUCUCAGAAGUAUGCAUCUAGUGCUCAUCAUUACAAAGAAGGUUUGAAAAUAUAAAAAUACUGGAUUUGCCUUAUACCAAAUCAGACCAUUGGGCUGUCUAGCUCAGUGUUGGCAGCAUCUUUCUAGGAUUGUAAGACAGUUGUUGUUGUUGUUGUUGUUUUUAUACCUACCUAGAAUCUACUGAGUCUGGGCUUUUGAGUGCAAAGCAACCAAUAGUAAUGUGUGUGGUGGAGCCCAAAGCUUCCCUCUUAACAUUGGGAUCAUUUCUACUUCCACGGAUGUGGUUGGGUGCACUGUUGGGAAUGCCAGACUGGUGGCAGCCUUCAUGCUGUUAUACUGACAUGGUCCCUAUUUCCCUGCCACACUGCCCCAGCCCUGUCCAGUUAAGCACUUUAACUUCUUAACUUUGCAGAAUGUAAAUUUAUAUAUACGCAUAUACAAUUAUUUUCAUUAUUUAGUGGAAAUCUCAAUGAACUGACCGGCAUCUGAAAUGUAUUCUUCUGCCUGUGCAUUAGGAUCAUUGGCAGAGGCCUUCUUAUCUGUCCCAAACUCCUCUUUCGUUGGAGGAAGGGAUAGAGCCUUUUAUGGAUUCUGAGGUAGAUCUAGGCUCUAGAGGCUCUUGCCCAGAGAGUGUCAUCUUGUCCCAUCCACGAUGACUUUCCACCAUAGUAUAAAAGCCUUCCUUUCUAAGAAGGCCUUCAGUUGUGUGAGUAGGGGUAGGGGAACCUGUAGCCCUUCAGAGAUACUCAUUUGUUAUUUGUGAUGUUCGCAUACCACCUCCUGACAUAAAGUUCACUGGGUGGCUUACAAUAAAUAAGGUUGCUGACUACAGCUUCAAUCAUCCCUGAUGUUUGGCCAUGCUGGCUGAGGCUAAUGUAGCCCAACAAUAUCUAGAAAAUCACAGCUUUGAUAGAAUAGCCAGACUUCUUUUGCUUUAACUGUGACUCUCCAGUGUUUUAGUAGUUUAUAUAAUUUCUGUUAUUUUAUUUCUAUUUAGCUGCCUUGGGUUUUUUUAAAUGAAAGCUGGGAUAGAAAUGUUUAAAUAAAUAGUCAUUUUUAGCUUUGCUCAAAUGGUUAAAAAGAAUGUGUGACAUUCCAACCCUUUGUGAUUUUUUCUUUACCACAUUAAUGGAAAUUUGAUGUGUAAAUUAAUUGCAUCCCCCCAACUGAGGAUACUUUUCUAGUAUGGUUCUCUGAGCUGAACAGGUUGCAUACACCAACCCAGAUGUUCAAUAUAAAUAAAAGUUGCUUUGAAAUGUUAUGAUUUUAAGUUCCUUUAUAUCACAUUGUAUAUGUUUUGUCAGCUGACUGUUUAUACUUAGCAGUACUGUGUACUUCUAAAACAACUGAAAUAUAGCUCAGACAAGCAGUUCCUUGCAGCUUUGAUAGACAUUUUGCCUUGAACUGGAAGUUCCGAAAACUGCAGUGGAAAGUAAAGCCUAUAUCAGCUUUUCCCAAAGACAUUUUUUCCAUAACAGCCAUUUGUGACUAUAGUGCUCCUAAAACUAGAACAGAAUUUAUAAAACAGGUUUUUAUAAAUUUUUAACUUUAAUUAAUUAUCCUUUGUCUCAACAGAUGUGAAAAAUAAGAGGUAGAAUUGAACUUAGUACAUUAGUUUUGAGAAUUUUUUUUUCUUAAGCAAUAAGUCUUUGUCAAUAAAUUACUAUCUUAAAUUGCUGGAGUGUGGGUAGAAUGAGAUUUUAGUGAUGUAUGUAAGCUUAGAGCUAUGUAGUUCUGACUUUCCCCCUUGCUGUAAACUCACUGGUUGGACCUCAUCCUGAAUAUUGUAUCUUGUUAUUGACAUAUUGGAUAUCAUGAACUGAAAUUAAAGCAGAAAGGUGGGGGAUGUUAAUAAGAAAACCUUUCUCACAAGGAGUUUGGUAAGCCAAUUCUUCUUGGGCUGUGUGCUUUACCCAGGGACACAGAUCUGUCCUCUCAUAAAGACAUAGAAUCUCUCAUUUUUUCACAUGCACGAAUCUGCAUGUGCUUAUGCAUAAGAUAUACUUUUUCUAUGUGCCCUUCAAAAAUUAACAUGUGGCAUGAUUUUGACUUACAGAGGGUAGCUGUAAGUGCUUUUGAUUGUGGCUGGCAGACUUCCUUGCUUUGUUGAGAAGCUUUCACCUUUUUUAAGAAACCCAUGAAUCUUGACACUGUCAUUGCACCAUUGAAAACCCACCUCAAUAAAUAUACAGCUAGUUUUACCGUGUAGUACAUCAUGUUCACAAACUUUGGAUAGGGUUGUUCAUUCUGAGUUCCUUGUGGGUGUUUUAAAUAUCAGAUGCCUCUUACAAGCAUAUUCAGGGUUUCAAAAAGAUAAAUAUAUCAUGUCUGUACAGACCAAAAAUUCAUAUUCCACACAAAGGAAUUUUAAAUGGAGAGAGCUAUUCACAUUGUAAGAGUUUGUGAACAUGAAACCUAAAACUAUCUAUAAUAUGUCUCUUGUUUUCUUUCAGCUCCUAUAAAUAACUGGAGAUACAGAAAUCCAGUUCAACAGCCUGAAAAUAGAGUGAACUAAUUAUUUCCAGAUAUGGGAUAAAAUGUCUGGAAUUUUAAUGUAGAUUUCUGUCAUCCUAUGGAACUCUGCUUUGUCACAAGGAGGAUAAGAUACUGACAUAGAUAUCAUUUCUUAAUGACACUCAUUCGUUUCGGCAGUGAAUAUCUUCUUUCUAAUUAUUUUUUAAAAUAAUUAUUAUGAAAAUUGCACUGAUUCUGGACAUAACCACCCAAACCUGGCAGAACUAUGGACAUCUCUCUCUCUCUUUUUUUAGAAAAGGGAGAAGAAAAAUUGUCCCACCAUUAGGUGUUCCAGAGGGAGCCUCUUUAGCUACCCAUUAGUUUCCCCAUUAGGAAAUGCAUUCUAGGAAGUGUGGCAGCCAGUGAGGCUACAGAAAUCUAUGCAAGGGGUGUUUGGGUGGGGGCCUAUUGUUGUUGUUAAAAGAAGAACACACCCCUCACCUACCUUUCAUCAUCAAUAAAAGGUAAAUGCCAUACCAAAUCCAUGCAUCUCUGAGAAUUUUUCUCAUUCUUUCUCCCACUCCACCCCCACCUUUCUAAAGAGAUAGAAAAACAGCCUAUUCUUUCACUAGGGGUAGAUGGAGAAGAGUUUCCAAAAAUCAGAAAAAAGCAACCCACUCUUUUGUUAUUUAGUACCUCUGCCUUACUUCUUUAAGAGCUCGAUGCUUUCACCUAUCUAAAAAUGAUCCCCUCAGACAUUCUGUAGAGAUUUAUUCUAUUGCUUCUCCCUGUUAUUCUGCAACAUUGUUUAGGAAUCUUUUCUUUGUCCUUUAAUGGAAGGAAGGUUAGAAGUCUAUAUGAAAAAUUCCAUUCUCAUUUAGUUAUGGUGAAAAUAAUAACAGUCUAGCAUUCUAUUUGAUCUCUGAAUUGCAAAUUUUGGAAAAAUAUUCACAAAUGGAGUACACAGGAACAUCAGAUAUAAUCAUGGGACUGUAUCAAACAUCAAGCACUUUCUAAGAAGUGCGUAAGUGAUGUGAUUUUUAUUGCAUGUUUUAAAAACAUUUUAAAAUGAUCCUUUUGUUUUCAUAUUUCAUGUUGUUCUGAAUGCUUGUUCUCAGAAAUUUUUAAACAACUAAGGUUGUUUAAGGUAUUGAUUAUCCUGUUAAAACCCUUUAGCCAAAUUACCAUUUUAAUCUCUCCAUCUCAGUUAAGCCUCACCAAAACUAUUGCCAGAAGCCUUUUCCCCAAACCCUUUAUUGACUUAUUGAAGUGCAGGUGGGUCUUCCUGUACUACCCUAGAGAUCUUGUCUGUUCAACCUAAGCCAAAUGAUUCAGCCAUACUCAACAAGUCUUCAGCCACCAAGCCAAUCCAUCUGCCUCUCAGGUCUUCCUUUUUCUUUAACAAACCUCUUCCUUUGAUGUUGUCUUCUGACCAACUCCACAAACGCCAAGCACCGACAACCCUAACUCUCCCUCUGCUGACCAGCACUAUUCUGGCUCUUCUACUCCAGUCCCAGCCAAUCAUGCUAUCCAACUGAAAAUUCUAAACCUGCACCCAUCAAUCAAAAUAUGCAUACACCAGUCCUUCCGCACAGCUGUCAGUUAAGGCCCCAGGCAACAGUUAAACAAACUUUUACCAGACAUAAAACUUCCUAUAUCAAAUACAUUGCAAUGCACAUUGCAAUAGUGUUUUCAGUUUUGGGAGGGGUUAGGGCCCAAUCAGUUCUGAGUACAGGUACAAGUCCUCUGCAUGGGGAUCCACAUAAGUUUCUCUUUCUCUCUUCUCCUGCAUAUCAACCCAUGUCAUUGCAGAGAAUGAAAUGUCUAUGAACACCAAUGCCCAUCUAACUGUCUCUCUCUGUACUCUACAAGUUACUUCUGCUCUGGAGCACAAAUAAUUUCCAUGGCAGAGAGGUGAGGGGCUUCCAUUCCUAGAAGCAUUCUCUUACAUACAUUGGUCAAUGGACAGCCCAGGCAACAGGAUUCUAUUGAGUCCUAGGGGAAUCCUCUAAAUACAGGUAUUGUAUAGCCUCUUAAUAUUUAUACAUACAAAUAUACAUAUUUAUACAUAAUUAUAAUUGAUCAAAGCAUUUCAUAUUCAUUAUCAGGGUAAACUUGCAACAUUCUUGUAAGAUUGCUUAAUUUUAUUCUUUCUUAUAAAGUAGAGCCUGUGAGACAUGCUGAAGCACAACCAGAAAGUUCACGGUAGACCUGAGAUUGACACUAGAAGCUUCCAUCUCAUAGCACAGGCCCCUAAGCACUCACCAGCUCUCAUUCAAUGAUGCACUGGAUGCUUCUGCCACAAUUCCUGAAUAGUGCAACUCGUACAGCACGUUGGCAACAAAUAUUCACACAAUAGUGUAUUGAUCCAUUGCUGAAACCCGAUGCGUGCAAUUUAAGAUCAAGAAAUUGUCUCUUCAGAGACAUAAUUAUGAACUUUUGCAUCAAAAUUAAUUCUUCGUAUAUAGUGGGAUAAUUUAUAUUUACUUUGUAUUUAAUUGAACACCUAGGAGUGUAUUGUGUUGAUUCUGAUAAGAUUCCGUUUGGAUUAUUAUCAGUUAGCACUAGUAGACGCAUCCAUGGCACGAGACAACUGAAGAACAGCAGCAGCCUCUCAACUGCAUGGACUGCUAGGCGAAACGGGGAUAGAACGCUGGCACCCUGUCUUCUUUAUUACUUCAUAUGCUGCUUCAUCAGCACCUCACAGCUACCGGGAACAACGUUGAACUUACCCUUUUCUUGAACCUUCUUGAACUUAUUUAAAAAACAAGAAAAAACGAAAAACUGAGGCAAUAAUUUGUAAGAACCUAAUAUCUGAAAUUGCAAGUUCACUUUAUUUUAGGCAGUUUGUAAGUUUUCAUGGCAUUUAUUGUCUCUUUCUCACAUAUUUGAUAAAUGGUGUAAAAUUAUUUUGGAACAACUGUGUGAAUGUUUGUUGCCAACGUGCUGUAUGAGUUGCACUGUAUGAUUAACUGCACAGGUUGCACUUUUCUAAAAAUUCCUGAAUAAGCUAAGCACAAAGAGAACAAGUGCUAUGUUACAUUUACUAUAGACAUCAUUUUUGCGGCACCCAUAAUCUAUUUUGGCAUUUCAUAACAGCCAUGGUAGCUAGAAUUCCUGGACUCAUUACGUAUGCCAAGCAAAUGUCAGGAGGCAGGUGGCAUAAAUCUAAUAUACUAGUUGACUCAAAUCUGUUUUCAUGGUAAUAAAGACUUCCUUUCUUCUUUGUCAAAAUAUUUUGAGUAAUGGCUAUAUCUGAUUGUUGUGGAAAGAAAGGAAAAUAUUGGUGCAUUGCAGUUUUGAUGUUAUAUAAACCAUUAAAUAAAUAUAUUUUGAUCUUCAAAAUGUUACAUUCUGGCUAACUACUAAGUUGCAUUUUUAAAAUACAUUUGUGUCCAUAUGUAUUUCAUUUCCCCUCUCCCUUGCAUUUAUUUAUUUUAUCUAUCAAAAAAACACUAAAUCUAAUCCCUUUUGGGGUUUACUAUUGACAUGAUAAUUAAUUGCUCCGUUUUCAAGUUCACUUUCAUUUUUUUGAGAGGGGUACAUUGCAUCUAUGCAAAAUAUUUUCAUCAAAAUAAACUCAAUAAGGGAAAUUAGAACAGGUUUGUGGAAGUGACAUUCACAGCAACAAGAAGUCUUAGUCAUAUGGAAAUACAAUAGAAAUAUAUGUAGUUUAGCAAAUAAAUUAGAUAUUAUUUAAUAUUAGUUUGCAUGUAAUAUUAAACUAUGGCUUAGCAUACAUGCAAGGUUUUCCAAACUUAUGUGCUCCCCCCCCCUUCCUCUGGUACUGCUGCAAGGAGAUAGGAAGCUUUUGCGUUUAUCUUCAACUAACUGCAGUUACUCUUUGUGUCUGAAGCCAGAUAAACUCUGAUUUGUCUUAACUAUAGUUCAAGGCAUCAUUCACCAACCUGGUGCGCUCCAGCUAUGCUGGAUGGGAGCUGUAGUCCCAAAUAUCUGAAGGACAUCAGGCUGGUGAAGGUUUAGGGAAGGAAGGAAGCCAACUUCAAACCAUAAUUCAUGAUUGACUUGUUUCCUUAAAUCAUGGUUAGCUAAACUGUGGCCCUCCAGGUGCUGCUAGAUUGCAACUUCCAUCACACAAGGCCAUUAGCCAUGAUGGCUGUGGCUAACGAGACAGCAUCUGGAAUGCCACAGGUUCACAACCUCUGCCCUAAACUGUAGUGAACACUCAUCACUCUCUCAGUUAACACUCUCAGUUUGCACAAUAAACAACAAAAGCAAAAACUUAAAUAUCCUUUCCUCAUCUGUGCUGGAGUAGGAAAGCCUACAAGGUUUACUCAGCUCAUUCCUAUAGUGUCAAAUGGUGGUUUAGCAUUAUGUUCAAAAGUUACCCUGUUAUAUUUACAGAAUACAUAAAAUACACAGUCUUGUACAAGUAGGUCUUACAAUUGGCAUAAGAUGAAUAAAACAGAGAGUGCAUUCAGACAGAAAAGGAAAGCUUGAAUGCAAAUGUUUCUAUAGUUCAGAGAGUUAAGAAUGAACCGUAAGCUCAAGUGAUUCAUAUCUGUUUCUGCUUCUUCUCAACUUCACACACAUGAAGGUGUAUUCAACCUAUAUCUUGGUUGGAACUCCCUCACUUUGAGUCCCUCAGUGCUCUUUCCAGCCUCUUUUAAGGACAUAUUUAUUUACUCAAGACUUUGGAGGAAGUUGAAACGUCAGAGUAUAUUGUCUUUUGAGUUUCUGAGGUAAGACUCUCUGGAUUAGCUUAAUUUAACGUAAUCCCCCCCAAAAAAAAUAUAUAUUUAUAGGCAGCUUAUAUUAGCUGAAGAUAUUGAAGUGGUUUGCAAUCAUAAAACUAUAAGUACAUUAAAACUAUGUCAAAUGAUUUACAUAAGAAAAAACACAAACACAGCAGCAAUAUCCCUAUACAUAAAAACAAUAUCAAGUAAGUUCAGAGAGCAUUACAAGGCCCGCGGGUGGCACUGUGGUCUAAACCACUGAGAUUUUUGGACUUGCUAAUCAGAAGGUUGGUGGUUCAAAUCUGCGUGAUGGGGUGAGCUUCCAUUGCUCUGUCCCAGCUUCUGCCAACCUAGCAGUUUGAAAGCACACCAGUGCAAGUAGGUAAAUAGGCACUGCUGCAACGGGAAGAUAAACUGUGUUUCCGCACGCUCUGGCUUCCAUUGCAACAGAAACGGUUUAGUCAUGCUGGCCACACAACCUGAAAAGCUGUCUGCACACAAACGCUGGCUCCCUUGGCCUGAAGCAAGAUGAGCACCGCAACCCCAUAGUCGCCUUUGACUGGACUUAACUAUCCAGGGGCCCUUUACCUUUAACCUUUUACAAGGCAGUAUGAAAUUACAAUCAAACACAUUAUUCGUACAAUUACUCAUCCAAUCUUACUAUCCAUCUCACACAACCACUACAGUCAUUCACUAUUCACUACCUCAGAUACUACCUAUUCACACAUAAACCAUUCAUACUCAACAGGAUUACAACCCACAUACAAAGGAUGUUUUUCUUCCCAUCUCUAAAGCACUAAUGGGCUCAUGCCCCAUACCCACCGGGCCAUCUAAUACUCCUCUCCUAUCUCUCACUUGAGAGCGGCCCAGUUCUGUACCAGAGCAGAAUUUCACCUGGGGGGUAUCAAACUACUAGCAUCCAUUCAGUUCCAAGUACAUAAGCACAACAUGGUACUGCACAACCAUUUGUUUAUUUAGCAGUGCAAUGAGCGAAUUGGCCUGCUCCAUCUUAUGGUCCAUUGAAUACCUGCCAGUUAGCUCAGUUGGUUGGAGUGUGGUGCUUGUGAUGCCAAGGUCGCAGGCUCAAUCCCUGUACAGGCCAGCUAAAUAUUCCUGCAUUGCAGGGGAUUGGACUAGAUAGUCCUCAGGGCACCUUUCAGCUCUGUGAUUCUAUGAUAUCUUGUUUGCCAGCAUCUCAUGCUCUGGCUGCUCAUCCUUGGCUGAGACCUGCAGGACAACAUCCCUUUUGGGAGGUGGGAGGGAGGGAGAAUGAAAAAAAGCAAAUUUGAAUCAGGAGGCCAGCUGGAUAUUCUUCCACUAACAAACCAACCUCACCCUCUAUAAUCCUUACUGCGAGUAACAUGAUGCUAAUCCAGAUACAGAAUAUUUAAUAUUAUGCUAAUAUGUUGACAUCUUAAGAUUCUUUGUUGUAUUAUUUGGGUAUGUUUUAUUGUUGCUUUCAUACUUUACAAGGUCAUGUGAUCUUCAGAAAUAGGGUGGUUAAAAAGAAAGUACAAGUAGUGCUAGUAAUAAUAUUAAUCAAUUAAUUAUGUAUGAUAGCCUGCUGUUACAUCCAAACUGGCAAAUGACACUUUGAACAAAGCAGGGCCAAACAGUUUGGAUUGGGUUUAGAAGAACAGGUGAAGACAAAAAAAACAGGAAGCAUACAAGACCAAAUUCUGUCCUGUGAACUGCCCUGAGACCCGUGGGUUUAAGGUGGCAUACAUAAUUAAUUAAUUAAUUAAUUAAUAAAGACCAAAUGCAAUGCAGUGCUUAUUGUCAGCAUACCAGUAUCAGAUUUCCAGUUAGUAAGUGAUCCUGGAUUUUUCUUUUCUUGAAAUGCACAUUAAAGGAAGAUUAGGAUUAAAAGAUGUCCUUAUAUGGCCAUACUCUCCGUUCCAGUUACUUCUUGUAGAUAUGCCUAUUUCAAAAGACACAUCACAAGAAUAUGAGUGCAUUUAGGAAAAAUAAUGUGCAAACAAAGUUUGCAGGAGAAAGCCUGGAGGCAAGUGUAGCUUAAAAAAUAAAUAAAUCCCUGGCACCACGCUGCAAUGCACCUUACUUUUUUCUGUGUUCAGAAUGAUCUUAAGUAAAAAAUCACCAUAAAACUUUCAAGAAAUGCUGAAAAGAUCCAGGAGUGACACUUCCUUUUUGAGUAGCUUUCUAUCCAAGGCUGGAUCCAGAUGGUACCUUUCUAUGCUGGUCUCACAUGGUAUCUGGGGGUAUUCCGGCCUUACGCAGUUUUGCUUAUACUGUACAUUCAAUGUCAAGAAACGUAACCCCUGCAUAAGAUGUGAGCUACCUGUAUAUCAUCUGAUUAUAAUAAUUAUAUUCUACAGUUUGCCGGAUAUGCUUUCAGCUAUAAAGUAGGGAAAUUACAUAUCUGUACAGAGAGGGGAAUAUAUGAUGUGACUAUGCAGGUAGAAUGAGAUGCUGUACUUCUGAUUUAGGUCAACUAGGUUGAAGAUAUUAGCAUAUCUCAUUUUUCUAUUAUUUUCUUAUUUUGGGUGUGCAAGUAAACAUGGUGUUCAAUUAAAAGUUUUCCACAAACUCUUUCUUUGGUUUGUAUGAUGGGCAGAGCUUUAAAUUAUGGAAAAUUGAAGAAAUUUUUAAAAUGAAUUCAGCUGUUUCUUAAAUCAUUUUGGUUAUUACAUGCAGGAAGCACAGUGACCACUUAAUAUAUUCAAUGUGAGACCUUAUUAACAUCUGGAAUUGGACUUUUUAGCCAUUGUAAAUUAACAACUGACACCCAGUGACCUUUUAUAAUAUUUCUAGUGUCUGCCUGGAAGUUUCUCUCUGUGUAAAAUGUUAGAAAUUCUCAUGGAAAUAUUUCAUCUUAACUUGCUUCUUGAACUUUUUUACAUGUUACACAAGAACCAUAUUUAACUGUUCUCAACGUAAGACCAGACUAUUCUGUUUAUAUACUGGAUUUGAUAAAUCAUGCAGCUUAUAGCAUAUUUAAGUGGAACACUUAAACAGAAUUAGUUCUUGACUGAAACUUUGCACACACCCAUAAUACUUAUAACCCUGAAUUACAAAGAAAGAUAUGUUGUUUGAAAUAUCAAAAUGUUGGACUAGACAGUCAUGAAAUAAAAAUAAAACAUAUUAAAAUAUUUCAGUUUUACCUUUUGCAUGUUCCUUUACAGUGAAAAUACUGGUAAUCUGAACUGAAAUAAAUAGUAAAAUAAAACUGAAUUUCUCACAUUUUUUCUUCAGAAAACAUUUUUCUUUGAACACUGAAAGGUAAGAUUGCAAAUAGAGUGCCAAUUUUUAAUACUGAAAUGCUAUUAUUAAAUAGCUACCUGUUAAUGGAAACAUUGCCUAGCUUAUAUUUCAAUGUGCAGGAUAUGUAGCACUUUCCAUUACAGGACAGUGCUGUUGGAGAGGAAGGUUUAGAAGAGAGAUUCUUACUCUCUUGUAGCAAAAUGGCAAUUUCUCCAACGCAGAUUAUACAGCAGACCACUCUCCAUCCAUUGGCAGUAAGAUAAAGAAAAGGUUCCAAAUGACUUAAAAGGAAAGAACUUGAUUUCCAUACAAAAAGUAUUAUAUAAUAUUUGGGUUAGCAAUGAUGUAGGCAGUAAAAUCUCAUUUAGAGAAAUUUUAUUCACUUGGUUUUCCUUCAGCUGGAAGCCAUGGCUGCAUGCCUCCUUAUGCAGAUCUUGUAUGGUGUGGCGAUUACAAAUGCCUAUGUUAAAACCAGUUUUCUCCUUCAUCUAAUAGCCUUUGUAUCAUCAGAGGUAUUUUACAGUGAAUGUAUAUAUAAACAGCAGUUUCAAUAUUUGCAGCAGAUGGUACAUUUACAAGAAGAAAGAAAAGCCAAUAACACUCGUGAUCCACAUUUCAGAACUGACUUGUGAAAUACUUGGUUUUGCUUGUGGGAGUCUUUGAUACUAAUUUGUGUGGGAGGGGCAGAUCCGUUCUAAAUGGCCUGUGGAUUGCAAGUUAAAAUGUCAUUGAAAUGGCAAACAUAUUUUUUCACUGUGCCAUUCCUGAUUAUUUAUAAGGUGACCUGCAGGCUUGUGAAGCCCACCAUGUUUCCGCAGACAUAGGGCCUUCUACAGCAAAAGACAAAUCCAAUAAAAUGUCUUCCUUUUUAUGUUUAUGCUUGGCUUAUCACUACCUUUACAUUCCUUCUUACUUUUUGAGAUGUUAUUUAUGCACUGAAUUAUUGGGAGUUAAUUUAUGUUGUCAUUAUUGACAAUUCUUUUCACUAUUUUUGAACUGAGCCAUUUGUUGGCUUGGCAAUCCUUUAUGUAGGUUUUUUCUUCAUGGCCUACUAUGCUUAAAUUUGAAAUAUUUGUUAGAACAAGGCAACAUGACAAAGUAGGUGGUCUUCCGAUUAAUAUUUCUGUUCAGAUCUGUAAACUAUACAAGGAUUGUUUAACAGUUCUGAAUCCAUGCCUUAUGACAUUAUUCCAUUUGUUUUGGAAUAAAGUUCAGCAUUUGCAUUGGAACUUAUUGCAUGUUACUCAUGGACUAAGGCGGGGGUGGAUUUUCUCCAGAAUUGCUCUUUAUAUUUGCUUACUUCACAUACUUUGAUCGUCUCUUGUUAAACAUUUGGGCUAUAGUUUACUUCUGUUUAGUCAAAAGUUCUAGUUAUUACCAUUCAAACAUAUGCCAGAGAAAGAAUGUUGCUUAUUAAUUUAUAGCAUAUUAUAAACAGUGGUAAGAAGUGAGAUGAGCAACAUUCAUUUGAGAUGUGGGCCACUAAAUUAUCACAAAUUAAAAUGUUAUAUAGUAAAUAAGGAUAUUAUCAUAAUGAAAAUAUAAUACAACUAUAUGAAAGAUAAUAUUUUAAUUAAUGAAGAACAGAUGCUUCCCUUUCAUUAACACAAGCUACUAUUUAAAGCUUUAAACAGCACUUGCAUUCCGCCUUCUGUCAAGUAACUGAUAGCCUUCCAUCUCACCGCUGCAAGGCACUUUACCUCCCAAGUAUGUGUCUCUGUAGGCAAGGAGAAGACCAGGCAUAUAGCUUGAGUUUUGAAUUGUAAUUGGGGAAUAAUAUGUGGCAGAACAUUUUUCACAGAAAACAUUCCAUUUCUAAAAAUGCAUUGUUACAUAAAAUUGUUAAUAACAUAAUGAUUGGAUAAAAUGGUUGUGUUUUUGAGGACCCGAUCCCCGCUUGGGGAAUAAAGACACAUGGACACGGUAUAUUGGGUUAAUGGGCAAGAAAAGGCCACAACUUUAUUGAUUAUAGCAUGUGAGAAGGUAUUGGCUUAGGCAUUGGACCACGGAAAAUUAGACUCCACUCACUCGGAGAGGGGUAAGUCUGAAGAGGGGUUAACCACCAGACAGGGGAGCCUGUUGAUGCUAAUACAACUAUAAGCUCACCCCUGAUGUCACCGAGAGUCGUGCCAUGGCCCCCUGCCACACAGGCAUCGGACAGGAUCCACAACCGCCGGAUUCCUUUAACGGAAUACCCAAAAUUGAAGGGGUAGGUGAUGGCCACACCUGCCCUUCCACACACCAACAACACAUUCCAAUGCCUAACCGCCAAAUACCAUGAAAGUUGUGACGAUUGCUACGAGGUAGGCGGAAAAAACCAAGAGGUCAGUGCCAAUUUGCCAGUUGGAAAGAACUCCUACCAGGCCCCCCAAGCAACCAGGGCGACCAACCAGAGGUCCUUAGCAAAGUCAAGGGAAAAGCUAACCUCUAAAGGGAGUGGUGGGUGGGUGACUCGUAGCGAAAAUGGGGGCGCAAUGGAGAGAAUGGCUGGCGCGGUCGCAUUUGAGCAGCAAGCCACGCCCCCGCUGUGCAUCCCGAUUGGGUGCCCAGCCGGGGGCAUGGCGCACCAGUCAUGACGACGGGGCAGGGGGCAGAACGCCCCCUGCGUGAUGCGGGAAUCGUUUCCCGCUCACAACACCUCCCCUCCAGGAGGAGGAGAGCCCUUGUCAGAAUUUUGCAGUUUCAAAAUUGGGGUGGCAUUGGAAGUUCAGAGCCAGCAGUGCAGUACUGCUCCUUUUCAGGACAUGAUUUACAGGUUCUCCCUUUGUCUGUGACUAAGCCAGCAACCAAGCCUGCUUCUCAGGCCUUCCUUUUCUUCUCCAAUGCCCUUAUUCUAUCAUUGUUGUCUUCUUCUGGUGGACUCCACAAACACCAAGCACCAACAGCUAUAAUUCUGUCUCUGCUAACCAGCAGCCAACCAUAUAAACACAUCUUUUGGCCCCUCUUGAUACAUUUCCAUUAACCAAUUUGUCCUGCAUACAAGUAAAUGAACACAAAGGUUUAUAGACAUCACUUUUCCAUUAAAAGCUCUCACAACAUAUCCUUGAAAAUGAAAUGUGCUGACAACUAUGAUCACUAUAAAUCCAUUAAGUUGUAUUAUUGCAUGUCACACCAUCAAUUAUGAGUUGCAGGCUCAGCCAAGUAUUAAGUACUUUGACCUUUAUAAUUAAUAAUGGGCACCAGGGAUGACUUAAAGAAAAAAGCCAUGGUGUGAAAGUAUAAACUACAUUUAGUUUGUAUUGCUAGAUUGAGCAGAUGCUUGAGCAUUUAUUUCAUUAAGCAACUGAGGAUUAUUUUUUUUACAGUUGCUGGGGUGUUUUUUUUUUGUUUUUUUUUUGGUAACAAUAUAUACAAUGAAUAUACUUUCCCCAAUUAUUCAUGCAAAAUAAACUUCCUUGCACCUGAAGUAGCUUAAAUCUCAUUCUAAGUUCAUCAGCCGGCAGGGCUAUUACAUUAUGACAAGAUAGAAUAAAGGAGAAUUUCAUGUGACUGAAAUUCCUUUAGGGUGAAGGCAUUAAAUAUUUGAGACCAUUAUCUUGAAAAAAGUAUGUUGUUAAUUAUUUUAUUUUUUCCUCACGUUAAUUGCAGGACAUACUGCAAAUUCAAAAAGACUGCUUCAACAUAAUCCAGAAGGUGUAUUGUAAAUGUGUACUCUUAAAAACUAUUAUUUAAUAUAUAUAUAUAUACAGUGGUAUCUCUGGUUAUUCAUUCCGGAUGUCCGUUCUUAACCUGAAACCGUUCUUAACCUGAGGUACCACUUUAGCUAAUGGGGCCUCCCGCUGCCGCCAGCAUGCGAUUUCUGUUCUCAUCCUGGGGCAAAGUUCUUAACCCGAGGUACUACUUCUGGGCUAGAGGAGUCUGUAACCCGAAGUGUUUGUAACCUGAGUUACCACUGUAUUAAAAGUAUACAAUGAUAUAGUUAUAGAAAAUGGAACAAUGAAAUUCAGAAAAGAUCAUUAACCUGCUUUUAUUUCUUCCUCCCCUUGCUGCCUUUUUCACUGCAUUGCCCCCCCCUCUGGUUCUUAGUUAAUUUUUAAAUGUUUCUUUUCAUCAAAUUAAAGUGCACUGUUUUUACUUUAUGCUAAAUCAUUGUCAUAGUGGGACACAAAAUCAAUGUUUGAAGGCUCUAUAAGUUUAGCUGACAUUGCCUGCCUUGUUUCUAAAUAAGCAUGCAUAGAAUUGCAGCCUAUGUGAUAUUGAACGAAGAAUCUUUGUUUGUAGUUUAUUCAUGUUUGCCUAAAACUAGUUUUGGUGUUAGUGUUCAUUUGUAAGUGUCCCCAGUGGCAGUUUGUUUGGACCAAUAAUGGCAAUAUACUGGGCUAACAAAGUCAAUAUAUUGUUUCCUCCUUGUACUUUCAUAACAGUCUUAACAAAACUAAGAAGUUAGGUAGGUAGAUAGUUAGACAGACUUGAAUGCAUUUUUGAUAAUGAAGUCUCUAUAGGGAAAGAGACUUCCUUACUUGCCGUUGAUCAUAUUAAUAUAUAUAUAAACAUUUGUAUAAUGUGGAAAGUAAUUAUUUUUGCUCUUUUUUAGCAGACUCAUGCAAGUAAAGAGUUGGAAGAGCAGUUGCGGUCUGUAUCCAGUGUGGAUGAACUCAUGACAGUACUUUAUCCAGAAUACUGGAAAAUGUUCAAAUGUCAGUUGAGGAAAGGGAGCUGGCAACACAAUAGGGAACAGUCCAGCUUCGAUGCAAGAUCAGAGGAUUCAAAUCCAGUAAAAUUUGCUGCGGCACAUUACAAUCCUGAGAUCUUGAAAAGUAAGUGUUGAAAAUUUAAUGUCCACCAGAUACUGUAAAUCAGUUUUUUUAAAUUUAAAUGCUGGGGGGAAAAACUGCUAUAAUGUUAUGUUAAAGCAUAAUUUAGCAUAGUCAGAACCUCAAACCCUCACUAAUGACAAGAAAUUCCAUAACUGUUUGCAGCUUUUUGAGCUACCAUAUUUUUCUGUGUAUAAAAUGCCCACAUGUAUAAGGCAACCCCCCCUCCUUUUAAACCCAAAAUCAUGAAAUCAGUAUUUUAAACAUCAAACAAAACAACUUUGAUAUUUUAUUAAAUAUUCAAAGCACCGGUACCAGUGUAGCAACCCCCAGUGGUGGGGUCUGUGCAUGCAUGUUUUGGCAGCAGUGGAGCAUGCCCCACCAACACCCAAGAUCAUCCAAAAUUGUUCAGCUUUUGGGGGAGGAAAAAACCUCCCUGUGCAUUCACCAUCCAUGUAUAAGAAAAACCCAUUUUUUACUUUUCUUUUUGCAAAAAACAUUGCCCUAUACACAGAAAAAUAUGGUACAUAGUGAAAAAUAGGUGAGGUUUGCAGGUUUUUUCCAAGACCAAGAUCAGCAACCUAGGCAUAGCAGACAGAGGGAAAUCUAAGCUAGGAAAAAGGAGGGCAGACCAAAUGUGAAGUACAGAUAUGCUCAUCUGGCAGUUUGUCUGACAAAUUAUCCAGACCAAAGAAGCAGGAAGUAUUAUCUGCCGAUAUCUAGGAGUCAUUUGAUUCACAUGAUUUGACAGGUGUAACUCCUGAUGCAGUCUCUGGAUGUAACAACUCAAUAGAGCAAUCCUAACUCCCUGCUGCCGCUGCCAUGUGUGUUCUUGGUGGUAGCAGUUAAAGGAAAUAGGAAAGUCAGAUAGGGCCCUAUUCAUGCUCCAGUUGCAGGCUGGCACAGCAAUUGGGCCCACUGGCAGGGAUACUACCAGCAGUUUUGUGGACAGAAGUGGGAGGUUGCACUUGUAGGAGGCCAGCUGAUGAAGCACAACCACCCACCCAGCCAGCCCAAAAUUAAGGGGUUAAAACUGCAGCCUUAGUUUUGUGUCCCAGUCCUAGACUAGGAGGAGGAUUUAGCAUCCCAUUCCAGUUUGGAUAGCUAGCUUUAGAAUUGUGGAAAGUUACGACAAGGAAGCCUUUAUCUGGAAAUAGGUCUGGAUCUAUAGUACUUUCAUUCCAGCCCUGUGUUUUUGUAGUCUCUGUGCAGGCACAUAUAUGGGUUCUGCAGCUGAGCAAAGCACCAUUUGGAAACUUUCUAGAGCUCAUGGCCAGAAGCUGGUGUCAUGCCCACCCCCAUCCAUUCAUCAGGAGAUGUUUUCUAAUCAUGCAUGCCUUGAGUAUGUGCCUUCCCACUCAUUUCUCUUUUGACUACCACAAAGGCAACAAAACGGAAAAUUUUCUCAAGAAAGUGCUCUUUCACCCUAUUUUAGUAAAAAAAAAAAAAAGGUUCAUUUUUUCUUUUUAACUUUCUUAAAAAAUAACCACUAGCUACAUUUAUAUUUGGUAGUAUUGCCCUUGCAUUUUGUCCCCAUGCACUUAUGGUGCAGCUGAUCUCUCUUAAAAAGUGCUGAAAUUGUGGAAGAUUCCCACCUCUGAUAGCAAGCUGUUUAAAGCAGGAUAAUAACUGCUAUCUGAUCUGUUUAGGAAGCUAAACAGUUGAUUCCUGUUCAUUGCCAAAACUGCACUAAGGAAGCUCAUAGGAAUUGCUGUUCUUAUCUAUGUGGAAUGAGCUUUGCAGACCACAAAAAGUAUGGUACCCAAGACUUCCUACAUAGAGACAACAUAUCUGUCCCCAAUCUCAGUUUAUCCACUGUCCCUACCAACCUUCUGACCCAGGUGUCAGUUCAUCAGUCUCUGCUUACCAAUAGACUUAAGGACAAAGACUGAAAAGGAAAGAAUUGAGCCCAUAGAAUUGGUUUCAUCCAAAAAAAGGUUUCCCGUUCAUGAAUCAAAGGAAAAGCAGCAUUACAAUUAUACUACUAUCAUCCUAAACCACUUGCUUCAACACAAGUAGCAAGCCCAGCACCACUUCCAAGUUUGACCUUGCUGAAACUCCUACCGACCUGCUGACUGCUCUUGUUCAGAACAUCUCAUCUUGAACCCUAACUCUGGACCCUGAGACUACAGCUUCAGCUUCAAUAUCAAUGCCACUUCCUGGAACAGUAUCCUCUUUUAUUCCUUCAAUUCUAUAAACUUCCAGUACUGAUGGUAUUGGCUUCAACAUCAUCAUUCCCUAUUCCCUAUUCCUUAUUAAUAUUGGAAUCAAUAUUGGAAAGAGACAAGCUGACACAAACUUGUUCAAGGCCUUGAACCUUUGAUAUCUGCUUCAGUCUCUAGGGUUAUCCCCUGAUGGACCUUUUCACCAUCUCUAAAUACCAUUAAUUCUGCAGCAGAGCAGAUCAAGAUCCCCACUACUGAAAGAACCUCUCUACAUAUCUUCCUGCACUUUUGCAUCAUUCCAAGAGUGCUACAUAUGGUGUCACUCAAUGGGACAAACUGCAUCCCCACUGACCAUAGUGCACCCAAAUGCACUAAUGAUGAGCCUAACAGCCUGAAUAUACAGCUUUCUUAGGGAUCUCUAAAAUGAUAUUCUUCCAUGAGGCAAUCCUAUACAAUGAAAUAGAUUCAAUUCUUAUUGCUUUUGCAAACUCCACUAAUCAUGCUUCAGAUUAUCUGCUCAACCUGCUGUUCAGGUUUUAGCUGUUCUUAACAUCUGGGUUCUUCAUUAAACCAUCCUUUAGAAGUAAUAUUAAGUGUUUGCUCAUUCAUUUGUUACAUUUUCCUUAAAAGGUCUUAACAGUUUACAAUUCCCAGUAUCAGUGUCCAGUCCUGGAGUUUCCCUCAGUUCUUACUCUGCUGGUGCGAGCUUCCCUGAAUUCAUUUCAGCUUCAGGAUGUGUUCUUCUUAAGAAUCUUUUUUGGUGAACACAUGUUGGCAAGGAUACUUGGUGAACAAUGUGCUCUGCAUUUUGAUUCAACUUAUUUGAAUGGCGACAGAGAAAAGUUUGUGGUUUGUCCUCCUUUAGAUUGUUUCACAUUUUCUUCUCCAAAGGGACUUGAUGGUUCCAGUCAUGUGGAUUAAUUGUUCCAGUCUUGUCUGUACAUAGAUGAUUGGAGGGGUUUUAGUUUUCUAUCUGGACAGAACAGUUGCUUUUUACAACAACAUAAGCAUUUUUUUUCUUGCUAUGAGAAUCUGAAAAGGGCCUUUUGUGUUUCUUCCCAAUAGCAUUCAUUUCCCCAGAUGCUGCUACCUUUUUUCUAGGGUAUUUCAUUACAUUAAGAGGGAUGGCGCCUUGUACGCCUCCUUCUGGCAGCUAUUGCAGCCAAGCUGGUCCCAAGCAUAUUGUUCUGCUUUCCUUUGGACUAUAUCAGCGAAGCGAGAGAGGGCUCUUGUCGUCUGGGCAGCCCAGGGUAUCCAUCCACAAUGCCCAGGCUUGUGCCCCAGGUAGGUCACUUCAAUGCUGCUAUUGUGGCAGUUUGACUUUAUCCCCAGAAGUCCACUCCAUUGUCUCUUGAGACAGAUGGAUGCCAACAAUAUUACCAGAACUCUGCAAAGUGGCUAUAUUUCCACUUUAAUAAAGCAUUGUGUGUUGGAAGUGAAAAUAACCUCUCACUCAAUCUUUGGGAGAGCUCUUCUGGACAACUCCCCCCCCCCCAUAAUAACACCAGCGCUUCCUUCCAUGUAUGUUGGCUGCUAGUCUUCCAUAUGUGUAGCUGCACAGAGUCUAUGAAGAAGAAAAACACGUUGCUUACCUGUAACUGAUGUUCUUCAAGUGAUCAUCUGUGAAGUCACAAUCCACCCUCCUUUCCCACUGCAGGUGCCUCCUUUCUUUUGGUGGGAUAUUCUCACAACAAUCAUGAAGAAACUGAAUAGAAGUGCACGUACUGCCCCUUCAGGCAUAUGUAAAAGAGAUAUAUCUCCCUUUUGAGGGUUAGGGGCAUGAGCAUCAGCUCUCAGGCUUGAGUUCUAGAAAGUUCCAGGAUGGUGCUCUGCACAGACACAGAUCCCCUUUUUGUGACUACAUAUAUGACCACUCAAACAACAUCUGUUAAAGGUAAGCAACAUCAGUUUUCUUCUCUUCUGUAGAUAUUUUCCAGCUAGGUUUUCUCACAACUAUUGGAACCUUGCUAAGGAACCAUUCAAUAAUCAUUUAUAAGUGCUAGAAACCUACGAGCAAAUAUUUGGUUGGUUAUUUCAAGCCAGUAGGUGAUUCCUCACCUCUAAUGCUCCAAGGCAUAUCUACCUCUGUUCUUCCAUUCCAUCUGUCAGAUUUUCUUUCCUUCUCAGAAUCCUCCUUUUUGGCCUUCCCUUAAUUUAUGUAACUUGCCUUCUGAUACUCUUUCAUUGGUCUCUAGCUGCCAUACCUCUCUCUCCUUUAUUGCUCCUCUUUCUUCUUCCUAUUCUUCCCUAAAUCCACCUGCAAGCCCCACCCCCUGCUUGCUCUGCCCUUCUUUAGAUCCCCAGUGCCUUUUCUAGAGACUAUUCUAGCCUGCUCCACAAAGCAUUUUCACCAGUGGCUCAAGUGUACCUAAGGACUUAUCCCCACUUACCUUUUGUCCUGCUGUUUCCAUGUACAGGUCCAUGCUUUAAAGCUCCAUAUCCAAGUGCUCUUCUUUCACCCUGGAGUUUUCCCCACUUUUAAAGCUGAAGCACAACAAAUGACAAUCCAGGUUUUCCACAAUUCAGCUUUAAAGAGUGGGUUUGCACGGGGAAAGCUCUGGAGGUUAGUGUGGAUAAGCCCUGGUAAUAAGACUACUGUUAGAGAACUAGCAUUAAAGAACUCUGAUAUUAUCGUUGCUGCUGUUGUGUUUGCCUUUUACAGAACUCAGUUUCUAUAUAAACAUGGUCCAUUUAAUAAGCAAGUUUUAACUACUUUCAGGGGAAUCUGAUUUUGAACUAUUAAGAAAACCUGUGUUAUAACUUAUGAGCUUUCCCUGUAACUUGGCAGGUAUUGAUAAUGAGUGGAGAAAAACUCAAUGCAUGCCACGUGAGGUAUGUGUAGAUGUGGGGAAAGAGUAUGGAGCAACAACAAACACCUUCUUUAAACCUCCAUGUGUGUCCAUCUACAGAUGUGGAGGUUGCUGCAAUAGUGAAGGGCUGCAGUGUAUGAAUAUCAGCACAAGCUUCAUCAGUAAAACGGUAGGUUGUUAUCUCAGUUACAUUCUGGGUUUGUUUUAAGCUCUCAGUGUCUGCAUGUGAUUGAAAUAUGCGCUGAAAUUUGGAUCUGCUUUAAAAGGAAUACAUUGUUCUGUUGUUUACAUUGUAAAAUAUAAUAUGAAUGCAUUUGUUGUAGAACUAUAAGAAUCCCAACAUUCUGUCCCAAUCUCCCAGCACUAUAUCAUUAUUUUGGGACCAAACGAGAGCCUAAUUUUAUUAUUAGUUAAUAGUAACACACAAGCAAUAAGCAGGGCCACAUUGAGUAGCCCCUUCCUCUGGCUACCAUGUGACCAAGCAAACACUUAAAGGAAAGGGAAAGCCUUCAUACAUUCAUUUCCUGUAUGUUUUCAUUUUGUGCACAGUUUCCCAGCAUGGUUCCACUUCCCCACAUGUUAGUAUUAAUUGUGAGAAGAAUGUCCAAAUAUGGCCAAUAACGUGACAUUAUUUACAUAAUUCGCCUUGUACGGCUGCUUUUUUUGUAACUAGGCAGUUAGUUGUUGUUUUCUUUGGGACUCGGAUAAUGGUGGCCACUUUCAAACAUGAUGGAACACAAGCGGUUUGCAGAGAGAUGUUAAAAAUCCCCGUCAAGACCCCUGCUAAUUGAUCGUCACAAUCUUUUACCACUAUUUCCAGCACCCCUUCUGGGCUAGCAGCUUUGCUGGGAUUCACCGCCCGCAAUGCAGCUUUCACUUGAUGGUUAUAUAAAACAAGCGGCUGUGAAUUUGUAGGCUGGCAGACAGGAGCCAAGAUAUCUGCACUUUUUGCCUCAUAGCAAAGUAGAUGUUCAGCUCCUCUGCCAACAUAUCAUUGGCCGUGACCAUGUUUGUCAUAUUGCCUUUAUAGUUGGUUAGGUGCUGCAAUCCUUGCCACACUUGUUUCAUAUUGUUCUCAGCUAAGCAGUUCUCAACCUUGAGCUUAUAUUGCUGCUUUGCCGCCUUGAUGCCUUUCCUAAGCUUUAUUCUUGCCUCUCUAUAUGUGUCUAUGCUCCCUGCCUUAAAGGCAGUAUCCCGGGCUUUCAAGAGUGACCUAACUUCAGCAGUCAUCCAGGGUUUGCUGUUCCCAUAAACUCUAAUGCUCCUCUCUGCCGUUACAUUGUCGGUGCACACUUUAAUAUAGGAAAGUACAACAUAUGUGUAUCUGUGCAGAUCUUGAUGUUCAAACACACGCCAAUCAGUUCUUUCAAAACAGUCCUGGAGCUGACUAAGAGCCCCCUCUGGCCAGAUUCUAACUGUUUUUAUAGCUGGCUGAAUUCUUCUAAGGGGGAUGUACUUCGGACAUAAAAAGAGUAAGGAAUGGUCAGAUGAACCUAAGUGGGGGAAGGGAGAUUGCCCUGUACGCCUGCUUCAGAUUAGAGUACACUCGAUCCAAGAUAUUCUUCCCUCUAGUGGGUGAUUUCACAUACUGUUCAAACUUAGGAAAAACUGUCUUCAGACAAGCUUGAUUAAAGUCCCCCACCACAACCAGGGCACCCUCUGGAUGUAUUUGCUGGUGCGUGAAAAUGAUGUCAUAUAAUUUAGUUCUGUUUGCUAUUUGAGUACCAGAUGGAGCUGGUGGACAGCUGCCCUGGACACAGAAUUGACCUGAGCCUCCAUGAACAGCUAUGACUCCCAGGCUGCGCACCUGGUCCUUCAGGACCAGGGAGUCCCCCACGCCCACCCACCAACUGUCCCCAAAGAACAGUAUUUCUUUCUUGUCAGGAUUCAACCUCAAUCUGUUAGGUGCCAUCCAUCCUCCAACCACCUCCAGACAUUCACUGCCUUCGCUGGUUCCGAAUUAAAAGAGAGAUAGAUUUAUUUAUUGUAUUUAUAUACUGUUCUUUCUCCCAAAGGAGCCCAGAGCAUCAAACACAUCCACAGGUUUAUUUAAGAAUUAUGAAACAGUUUAAGUAAUUAAAACAUUUUAAAAACAUUAUAAGCAGCAUGCUAACACAUUGCUCUCAUUUUUGCUUUUAAUAAAAACUUUUAUUUCUGUUUGUUCCGCUUUUAUUUUUGUGCAGUUAUUUGAAAUAACUGUGCCACUGUCUCAUGGUCCCAAACCUGUAACAAUCAGUUUCGCGAAUCAUACAUCCUGCCGAUGCAUGUCCAAACUUGAUGUCUACAGACAAGUUCAUUCAAUCAUUAGAAGGUCCUUGUCAGUUACACAAACACAGUAAGUAUUAGAUUUGCAUAUUUCUAACUCUGUUUUAAAAACUCUAGAAUACAAUGCAGGUUCCUGGUGACAAAUAUUUAAACAAGUGUAUUAUAAAGUUAUACAAAAUUUUAGGAAAAAGUUAUUUAGUUGAUUUAAAAAAAAAAAAUCAGAAGACAAGGUUAUGCCAUCAUUAGCUUUAUGCAAAAAUUCAUGCAGAUUCAUGUAUUAGAGUGUGAACCUUACAUCAAAAAGUGUGACUCAGUUUGAGUCAUGAAAGGACUGCAACACUUCAGAUAUUUAGUCAAGCUACUUUUUAAAUUAAAUAAACAAUUGUUUUUGAUAUUAAGAAGUAUUUUCAACCUAAAUUAUGAACAGUCUUCCACAACCGUUUGCCAGAGUAUUGAAUACUGAAUAAGGAUCAUAGAAUGUGGCGGGGAGUUCGUUUUUCAACUUUUAAGCAACAAUACAACAGUUGUUUAGUUAUUGUGAAUUGCAUGUAAAUUCAAUCUGUUAUAAAUCAAUUUGAAGUCUGAGGUGUGCUCUUUCAGACUGUGCUUGCUUAAUUCUUUUAAUUGUUAUUUCAAAACAUACUGAGUUGUAUACAGAAGAAUGGGAAAAAACACACAAAAAUCAUAAAACAGUUUGUGGGGAAUUUUCCAGAGGAGACAUUUUGUAUAUGUUAGAGCUCAUUACCCUGAGUGUUUUAAUGUCUGCAAAUUGAGUUUAAACCACAGACUUACUGGAUUAAUUGAUGCAAUAGGCAUUUCCCAAUAUCCCACUAUGGCCCUCAGGACUUUGCAGGGGUUUUUAGGAUGCGGCAUGUAUUGGGUGGAAAUGGAAUGGCAGUGAACAAUGCCACUUCACUUUACAACAAAUGCAUGCUGUAAUAGGCAAUACUAAUUCUGUAAAUCCCGAUUCAUUCUAGUAGCCAUUGAUAGCUCUUACCUUUUCUGAAUUUGUCGAGUACCCCUUUAAAACCAUUCAAGCUGAUGUUCAUAUCUAUUUCUUGUAGAGUUCAAUUAUACACUGUGAGAAGUAUUUUUCGCUCUAUAAGACGCACUUUUCCCCUCCUAAAAAGUAAGGGGAAAUGUGUGUGCGUCUUAUGGAGCAAAUGCAGGCAGGAGGCUCUGGCUCAGCGAUCCCUUUAAAGAGCCACGUAGAGUGUGUGUGCGGCUCUUGGGGGUUUUUCCCUGAGGAGGGAGAAGAGCUGCCCUUCUCCCUCCUUGAGGAAAAGCCCCCAAGAGCCCACACACUCCACACGUUCUUUAAAGGGAGCGUGGCUCUUGGGGGAGCCUUAGCCACGCGCAGCCUCUCCUGGGCAUGGGAUGAAGGCUCCCCUUGCCUGGGAGAGGCUGUGCACGGCCAAGCAAGAAGCCAGGACAGCAGAAGCUCCGCUGCCUUGCGGAGGCUUCGCGUGGCUAUCCCUGGCUUUUGCGGGAAGUGGGAGAAGGGACAGAGCGUGCGGCUCUGUCCCUUCCCCCAACCCCCAGAAAAGCCCCCAAGAGCAGUGCUCCCUUUAAAGAGUGUGCGGCUCUUGCGGGAUGUAGGGGGAAAGCCAAUAGGCUUGCUUUCGCUGAAGCCAGGAGGGCUCUCCUGGCUUCAGGGAUAAUAAUAAUAAUAAUAAAUUUUAUUUAUAUCCCGCCCUCUGGGCUCAGGGCGGCUAACAACACUAAAAUAGUGCAAUAGGGGAUAGACCCACAAAGCCUCCUGAGCGAAGAUGGAGGAGCGCUCCCUGUUAGCUCAGGAUGCUUUGCAUUGCUUUCUUAUUUUUUGUUUUCCUUCCCUAAAAACUAGGUGCGUCUUAUGGUCCGGUGUGUCUAAUAGAGCAAAAAAUAUGGUACUUCCUUUUGUCUGUCCUAAAGCUCCCACUCUUCAGCUUAAUUAGAUGACCCUGGGUUCUGGUAUUAUGAGGAAGGAAGAAAAAUCUCUCUCUAUCCAAUGUGAAUGCAAUCAAAUAUAUCUUAGGUUUCAUUUGUCCGCAUCUGUGACCCAUGCACAAAAACUCUUGCCUUGCAUUUUCAGUGUACUAAAUAAUGCAAUAUUUUAUCCCUAGGUGUCAUGUGGCAAACAAAACUUGCCCAAAAAAUCAUAUCUGGAAUAAUCAGAUUUGCAGAUGUCUGGCUCAGCAUGACUUCAGUUUUUCUUCUUACCUUGGGGAUACCGGUAAGCAAAUAUGCUCCAGAAGUUGCAUUCACUUAACGUGGCAUUAUUCAAGCAAAAUAAAAAUUAUAUGCACAUAAACUUUUUAAAAUUAAGAAUUCUCUAAUCCUUUAUAACUGGCUGUUCACUCCACAUUACAAAUUCAGUGAUUUAGACAUGGGUAUGAAAAAUGUGAAACUAGCAGAUAUGUUUCACUUUUUUCAAUGCCUGAAGCAAAAUUUAUUUAUUUUCCUAAUGUUUGCUGUGUUUAUAGACACUGCUGAAGGAUACCAUGAUAUCUGUGGACCUAAUAAGGAGCUUGAUGAAGAAACCUGCCAGUGUGUCUGUAAAGGGGGAGUGAGGCCUUCCAGCUGUGGACCUCAGAAAGAACUGGAUAGAACAUCAUGCCAGUGUACAUGUAAGAAUAAACUGCUGCCUAGCUCAUGUGGCCCCAGCAAGGAUUUUGAUGAAGAAAAGUGCCAAUGUGUAUGUAAAAGAACAUGUCCUAAACAUCAGCCACUAAAUUCUGCAAAGUGUAUUUGUGAAUGUGUAGAAUCUCCAAACAAGUGCUUCUUGAAAGGAAAAAGAUUUAAUCACCAGACAUGCAGGUAAGUAAAACAACUGAAAUACUUUGUCUUGCAACUUCUAUUAAAUUAUCAUAUUUUUCGAUCUAUAGGAUGCACCGCACCAUAGGAGGGGGAGAACAGGGGAAAAAAUUUUUUUCUUGUUCUCCCCCUCUAAAACAAGGUGCGUUCAAAGUGCAUUCACCCAAAGCCUCCAGAGCGCAGCGGGAGUUACCGCUGCGCUCUGGAGGCUUCAGGCAGCUACCUUGGAAGCCUGGAGAGCGAGAGGGGUCAGUGCACACCGACCCCUCUCGCUCUCCAGGCUUCAGUGAAGGAGUUCCCGCUGGGCUCCAGAGGCUUCAGGUUCCUAUUGACCUGCUCUUGGGGCUGGCGGGGGAAGCGCUGCUUUCCCCCACCGCCAGCCCCCAAGAGCAGGUUGGGGAACAGCGCAAAGGCUGCGCGCAGCCUUGCCACUGCCCCCCGAGCUUGUGGGGCUGGCAGUGCGGGGAAGCGCUGCUUCCCCCCACCGCCAGCCUCAAAGAUCCCUGAAGCCUUUGGAGCGCAGCGGGAACUCACGCUGCGCUCCAAAGGCUUGAGGCUUCAGGGACAGCCUUUGUAGCCUCCACAGGGCAGCGGGGUGAAGGCACCCCGCUGCCCAGCGGAGGCUUUGCACAGCCAACCCCAAGCUAGAACAGCAAGACGGAGCGCUGCGCAGCACCCCGUCUCCCUGUUCUGGCUUUGGGCUUAGCCGCGCAGCCUGCAUUCGCUCUAUAGGACGCACCCACAUUUCCCCUUAAUUUUUGGAGGGGAAAAAGUGCGUCCUAUACAGUGAAAAAUACAGUAGAUGUUAUUUUUGUCCUGCUAAAAGACAUUGGUAACAGUUUCUCAAAUUUUCUAAUAAUCAUGCUACAUAUUUGAUCUUUAGCAGUUGUCUGAUGCUUAUCAGAGUUAAAGUACUUUACUAGUCUAGAGAUAAAACAUGUUACUUGUCAUACAGAAUGGACUACCUGAACAGAAAGUGUAUUUGACACUAGUCAUGUAUGUUUACAUUGCCCAUGUAAUCCAUCUUUGAGAAUAUUACUGUAUACAACUGCAUCAUUGAUGAAACAGAUGUUUGCAAAAGCAGAGCUCUGAACAAUGCUGUUCCCUCCACUAAAUAAUCUCAUUUUCUUCAGCACAUACCAGAUAGCAUUGAUUUCAGAUAUUAUCCCUAAAAAAAUUAUGGAAGUCACCUAAUAGUUGUUAUUUACAGUGUCAUCUAGGACCUGGAGAAAAGUGUAUUAAGAUUAUACAGCAAGUUUUAAGCUUUUUCAAGGGGAAACACCAUAGACAAUGUAGAAUCUACAGGCCAUAUCCAGCCCAACAAGGUUAUUCUCCUUAAGCCAAUUAAAGACUUGCUAGAAAAAUGAUAUUAUAGGAAGACCUACCACAAUAUGGUUAUGGGGAUUAAUUUAAUAGGAAGAAACUUCAGGAGUAAACUCAUAGUUGAACAAUUACUCCAUUAUGGAUUAUUUCCCAUUAUAAUCUAAUUUUAAAUAUAUUCUCUAGGAUUAUGUGUGCACCAGGUUGUUUUGUUUCCAGUAGGUGUUGUGUAACUUGAGAUCUAGAAUUGUGUAUUAUAUACAAAUGAGUUGAACAAGUGUGACAAGUUAUUUUAACAAAGCUUACCACAAGAUGGAACAGGUUGGCCCAGGAUGUUUCUUCCUCAUUCUUUGCAGAUUUCCUCAUAGCUGUGCUAAUUUGUUGCAAGAAUUGGCUCCAGUGUAACUAUAAUCCUGUUACAAACAUAUAAUACAGUAUCGAAUUAGUUUUUAUAGAAUACAAUCUCCUGUUUCAAACGCAACCUUUUGGUACACACAUUUCUCUGCAUGUGCCAUCCUUAGCUGUAUUUGAAAAUCCUAAUAAAUAUACUAGCAAAAUUACAUCCUAGUAGAUUUCAAAUCCAACUUACAUCCUGUUCCUGUCCUUAAAACCGAGCUGUCACUGUUGGAUGUAGGUUCACACACACACUGUGGUUAAAUGAAUGCACUGUAAGAACUUAUUCCUCUUUAACUUCUGUAUGAUUCAUGCAGAGAAGAGCCACAACACUAACUUCAACAUAGUUUUUCAUAUGAUGAGCAUUAUCUAGCAUUUUUCUUCCCAGUAGUUAUCUGCCUACUAUAUAUAUUACUUUUGCUAUAGAAAGCAGAGCCAAGAGCAACCUAGAAUAAGCCAUACAACUGAAUGUGAUUCUACUGUGAGGAAAACAGCAUGAUAUGUAGUCCAUUGUACAAAAGAGUAUGGCACAUCUCCCUGAAUAACCUCUGCAAAAGUAGCUAAGGCUGUUUGCAUAUUCUCCCAAAGAGGGAUAUGCUCACAUGGGUUUUCCAUAGAAUGCCUGAACCCCAAUAAUGUCCCUUAUUUAUUAGGAAGGGAACUGUUGGUGAUGCCAUUACUCUGCUGUGCUUUGGACAUUGAAACAGGAUGCAACAGAUUAUCCCAUUUAAAUGUUGAUAAAUUUCCACAUUUUGCAAAACUAGUUCCCCUAAUGCAGUUCUGUAUGUUGCUUUCACUAAUAUAUAUGUGUUUUAGUGAAUAUUUCCCUACAUACUUAAAAACAGACAUGGGUCCAGAACUGAAUACUGAAUAUUGGCACUAGAGCGUAAUGUGCAUAUAUAAUCAACAGAAGGCUGAAGGAAGAAAGUGGAUCAGGGUAUCAAGGGGAAAGAGAAUUAGACUUAGAGGGCAUGUGCCUUGAGAUGUAUGUCCUCAACACUGUUCCCCACCCCAUACACACACACACACACACAAUAAGGAUACUUCUACCACUAAAUGCAGGCGGGCACUUGCCUGGAAAAGAAAAACAGCAAGGUGGGCUGGGUUUACCUUGAAGGGCAUGUGCUUCGUGAGAACAAUAAUAAUAAUUUUAUUAUUUAUACCCCACCCAUCUGGCUCGGUUUCCCCAGCCACUCUGGGCAGUUUACAGCAUAUAAAAAGUUGUAAAAACAUAAGACAUUAAAAAUUUCCCAAUAUAGGGCUGCCUUCAGAUGUCUUCAAAAAGUCACAUUUUCAGAGCAAACCCAACCAGGGCAGUUCCAGCUCAAGAAAUGGGGCUUGUCCCCAGAGCUGGGUCCAUGGAGGUAGGUGUACCAAUCUACUUUUAAAAAUCCAGAUACAGAAGCACUUUUCUGAGUUCAAGUUAGAUGGGAGCAGGGAAAGGCAUGUAGGGACAGAGACGAAAGAAAGUGUCCUCCCUCUGUCCAGGACGUCUCUUUCUCCCCCCCCCCCCAUGUAUUUUGUUGUGCAGACAUCUAAUAUUUUAUUUGUAAACUGAAAUGCAUAAGCUAUUAAUCAGGAGGAAUGUUAAUUGAGAUCAUUAAACUAUCUUUUAUAAAAACAGAGACAAUUUUUAAAACAAAUUUAAAAUAUAGCUGUGUUGAAACUUGAAACGUAUACUUUUCGCUGUUGAUUUGCUGCCAGUGUUUGAAAUAGCAAAAGACUAGUGCUUUGUCUACAUUACACACCAGAGGCUAUUUGGCACUAUCAGUGUGAGGUUAUGUUAGGUCAACCUGUUUUAAAAACAACCAUAAGGAAUUAUCAUGCUAUGACAAACUUGUUUAUAGCCUUUGUCCUGCAAUCCCUGUAGAAACAAAUUAUCCACUGAUGCAAAAUAUUUAUCUUCUAAGCAUGAAGUGUUGGUUAGUAAAGUACUUUUUUACUUUCCUGACUGAAGUGCUAUAAAUUACUGAUGUCUUUCCAUCCCAUUUUCAAUUCAUAAUGUUAUACAUAUAAGCCUCUGAACCUGCACAUUGCUUCCACUGAUGUUACAGGAACUCUACAUGAGCAAAACAGGCUUGGGUAAUUUUAAAAUUAGACUAUUUCAGAGAGAAAUUCUUGGCUUUUUUUUAAAGAAAGAAAAUAACUCUGAUCUGUAAGAUAGUUCAUUACAGACAAAUUGUUCGGACUAGAAGAUAUUGCAAUUAGAAGCUCAGCACCAGAAAAAGUUAGUAGUUGUGUAAAUAGCUAGAACGUUUUCAAAUAUUUGAAAGUUGUUACAUAGUUAUAGUCACUUGAUAAUGAGUAAUUAUUAGCACUGUGCACAGAAGAAGUAUUUGCUUCAGAACCCACCUCAGCGAGUCAGAUAUGCGAUUGCCUCAUCUUGAUGGUUCGUAUUGACAUCACACUUCACCUUGGAUCCAAGGCAUCAUUAACAACACUAGAACAGCAACAACAGAACAGUUCACAAUUCAGUUACAACCAGCGACAAUAAAAUAAAUAUUCAUCCUGCAUGAAAAUCCAGAAAAGACCAGGGAAAACCACCAUGUCUUCCAUUGGUGCCAGAAAAUUGGCAGUUGGCGGGGGGGAGGGGUGGAACAGUAGCUGAGUUUUAUUUAUUUUUAAAGCACCGAAAUGGCUUCUGAUAUGUUCUAUUCCUAUUCCGAAAGCAACAUGACUAAGUAAAAAGAGCCCUAGUAAAUCCAUUCUGUCAUUGGAUGCUAGAAACUAUCAUUCACACAACUACACCCACCUCUUCCUUGCUCCUCUCUGUGUGGUGUUUUCCAUUUAUGCAGAGCUUACAUGAGAGAGAGAAGCAGCUGUAGGCGGAGCACUUAUUAAGACUUGUAACUGUAUCCAGUUCUGUUUGCCAGCCACUUGAAUCCACACACCUUACAGAGAAUCCUUGCAUAAAUUAAUUGCUUUUUUCCAAGAGCACAUUGUAGAUUUCAGAAUAGGCAGAAUAAUUUCUCAUGUCAGUUUUACAACUGUUUUUUCCCCCCAACUUCUUUCAGCUGCUACAGACCACCAUGUACAGUUCGAACGAAACGCUGUGAACCUGGAUUUUAUUACAGUGAAGAAGUUUGCCGUUGUGUGCCAACAUAUUGGAAAAGACCACUUAUUAAUUAG